AUGGAUGACCAUUUGAGAUCUGUGAGCUUCAAAGAGUCAAGGGGUAGUAAGACCACCCCAUCGAAGUCAACUUAUUCAUCCAAGAAACUUGAGAUAGCAUGCUUUAUCAUCAUCGUCUUCCAAAUAACCACCUUAUCCUUGUAUAUAUUUUACACGGGUACGAAACCUCCCGGGAGGGUCACCAGAGUUGGGAGGCACGAGGAGGUAUCGCUUCUUGACGAUCCGAGUUGCUACCUCAAGGAUAAACUCGAGAAACCUCAGCUGCCCACUAUACACUCAAUCUUCGCAGACCCGUUCACCAACGAGGUUGUUGUGGUUGGAGUUCGCCUCUGGUUUGAGAGGUGGCACACGGAGGCUUUCCUGUGUGAGUUCAGAGGCACACGAGAUGAGGUUUACAUGAGCCUCAUCGACCCCAUGCUAGAGGACUUCCAGAGGUUCGGUGCUACACCCCAGUAUAACAUCAUCAUGACAUGCCCUCUACCGAAAGCUCUUUACAGAGUACCGAAGUUCAAUAUGACUUUAAGACGUAUCUUAAACUCAACCACAACUCUAUCCUACGAGAACAUCACAGUUUGCCAGACCGGACAGCGUGAGAGUAAACCAAACUAUCUAUCCAUGUGUACUAUGGUGAAAAACAUGGAUGCUGCAGUACCACCGUGGCUUGAGUACCACCGUAAAUACGGAGUAGAACAUGUGUAUAUCUACGAUAACGCCAACCCCGCUACUAGUACUCUCCGCCAGAGCUUGCGGAGAUUCGUCGAGGGUGGAUUUUUGACGAUCAUCCCGUGGGGGCACGACCACUCGCCCCGCAAGACCUACUUGGAGGUCCAGAUAGCUCAUGAGAACGAUUGUCUAUGGAGGAAUCGCCAUCGCAGUGAAUGGAUGAUAAAGAUAGACGUGGAUGAAUUCUUACAACCAAUGGAUCCUUCUAUGAAUUUAAUAUCCGAUGUGAUUCGUAGGUACAGCCCGGUUGGGGCGAGAAUCGGGUCUCUGCGAAUCCAGAACUGGUUUUUCUGCCACGGGCGCAAACAGCCAAAGAAACGCAAUUCGAACCAACACGAGAGCGUCUUUGAACGGAAUCAGUACAGUAGCCGGAAACCCACGCCGGUCAACAUGGGCCGGGACAAGGCGGUGGUGCGACCCACCAACGUGCAUUUCUUCAAGAUCCAUGGAGUUAAACUCGGAGGUGACACCAUCACCCUAUGUCCACGGACCGAGAUGAGGAUGGUUCACUACCGGGGGGAUAACCGUCUACACCCCGGCUUCAAAUGCUCCGAUAGUCAGCCAUUGAAAGACAGUUCUGUGUGUAGACUGUGGGCACAAGCGAAGGGCGUGAGCCCUAACAGCUCGGACCCAGAUGGGCUCAAUUGUAUUUAA